AUGGUCAACGGUCCUGCUGAACUUCGUAGAAAAUUAGUCAUUGUUGGUGAUGGUGCCUGUGGUAAAACUUGUUUAUUAAUUGUGUUUUCAAAAGGAACUUUCCCUGAAGUAUAUGUCCCAACUGUUUUCGAAAACUAUGUUGCUGAUGUUGAAGUUGAUGGAAGAAAAGUUGAAUUGGCACUUUGGGAUACUGCUGGUCAAGAAGAUUACGAUAGAUUGAGACCAUUAUCAUAUCCAGAUUCAAAUGUUAUCUUGAUUUGUUUCUCAGUUGAUUCACCAGAUUCUUUGGAUAACGUUUUGGAAAAAUGGAUUUCCGAAGUUUUACACUUUUGUCAAGGUGUUCCUAUUAUUCUUGUUGGUUGUAAAUCAGAUUUAAGAGAUGAUCCUCAUACUAUUGAAGCCUUGAGACAACAACAACAACAGCCUGUCUCUACUUCUGAAGGACAGUCUGUCGCUCAAAAGAUUGGUGCUGCUGACUAUUUGGAAUGUUCUGCCAAGACUGGAAGAGGCGUUAGAGAAGUAUUUGAAGCUGCUACUAGAGCCUCAUUAAAGGCAAAGGAUAAGAAGGAAAAGAAGAAGAAGAAAUGUGUAGUUUUGUAG